UUAUCUUCUGGAGAGAUCCAUGUCAUCAUCGGUUCUAUGUUUGCAGGAAAAACCACGGCUCUCCUCCGUGGCAUCCAAACUGCAAGCAAUAAUGAAAGAAAUGUAGCAGUGAUAAAAUCAAACAAGGAUACAAGAUAUGGAUUGGACUCUGCUGUGACCCAUGAUGGGGUGAAGCUUCCAUGUUUUACCUUGGUUGAUCUAUCAUCAUUGGCAGAAAAAAUUAGAAUUCAAGCUUAUGAAAAUUUUGAACUGGAUGAGAUAUGGAUUGAUGAAGCUCAAUUUUUUGAAGACCUUUAUGAUUUAUGUUGUAAGGCAGCUGCUGAUGAUGGGAAGACAGUAAUUCUUGCAGGCCUUGAUGGUGACUACAUGAGGCAUUCCUUAGGCAUCAAGAUGCAGAUUCAAGAUUCAGGUUGCAGUACAGCAGGAAGAAAACCAGAACUUAGUUUGAAGUUCUUGGUUGGACCUGGUUUAGAUCAGUUUUCUGGUUCAGACCUGGUUCCUCAAGUUUGA